GCGGGCGGCCGGAGGAGGUCCGCGGAGUUCGGGCGCCGGGCAGGACGGCGAGGCUUUAAGUUCCGGUGGGGGGUGCGGGUCCCAUAACCUUCCGGGAAUUGCCUCCCGGCUCCGCUCUGGAAGCUACGAAGGGGCACGAGAGCCGGAGCAGGGGACCGUGAGAGCAGGGAAACCAGUAGGCAGGUCGGAGGAGCGCGCCGCAGGUCGGCGCCGCCAGUGCGGGGACCGGCCCCGAAAGCGAGGGCGGGCUGUGAACGGGCGGCACAUCGCGUUCCCGCUGGUCCCGGUUCGCUCAGGCAGGAUGGGUCGGUUUGAGGUCGGUCCGCGAGCGGGGAGCCCGGGAGCCCCAGCUUCUGGAAGGUGCUGCGGCCAGCCCUUGGGGCCGAGAAGCAGGGCGUACACAGUACAGGGUCUGGAGGCUGUGAAGCCAACCAGCUGAUUUCAGACUUUUCUGUCAUCUUCUGCAAGUUAACUAAGCCUCAGUUCCUUGUUUGCGAAAUGUACUUAAUAUGCACCCCAGGGUGAAAUAAAUUUGUCUGCAUAGACUGCAGCACUGUGGGCUUGGGAGGCGCCUUAGUGGGUAGGGGUCAGACAUCACUGUCUGACUUUUGACAGAAAUUAAGGUACAUUGGCAAAGGUGUGCCCCGUGGCCAGACAGGUUGUGAGGAGGGCCUGCUAAUAUUUUUUCUUAAAUUGUAAACAUCCAUAUGAAUGAGCAAUGUAUUAUCAAAUUAUGAUUCGGAGAGGACUAUCGCUGACUACUGUUUUCUGGGCAAACCUCUGCUGUAGGAGCUUCUGGCUUGAUUCUUAAGUGGAAGGUAGAGACCUAGGCCCUCUGAGUCAACUCCCGUCUGGGUGAGGACUGAGCUUCGGGACUGCAGAGUGGAGGCAGAACAGUUGGGAUAGGGAAAAGAGAGGCCAAACUAGAUCUGAGGCUGGUGUGGGGCAGGGGCCUCACAGUCUACCUACUGGCACAGUGAUGCCCCCUGGCCGCUAUUGCUGGUUCAAGUUUGACCAAUCAGAAGUCUCUUUAGCUUAAGGGCGGGUGUUGGCCAAUGAGACCUUACUGUGAAAUAAAAUGGCCUCAGUUUAUUGUAACUCAGUCACCAUAGAGGAAUGGAGAAAUCUGGAGUAGGGCAGAUGAAAGGCCAUUAAGGGGUAUUUUAGGGAUCGGAUGGGCUGGGCACCCUGAGGACAGUGGCAUUUGGGGUGGUAAUGAGAAGGAACAUUAGAGGUCUCCGCCUCCUUCCUUUCCUCCUGUGCUGAGUCAGCACAGAUGCUGCAGGGUGGUAUCUCUGGUUGGCUCUGGCUGCCUGUGGGGGCACCAGCUUUGGGGAGGUCAGAGGGCUCUCUCUCGAGCUGCUGUUCUGCCCACAAUCACACCUGCUCGAUGCCUGUGAAUGGCCUUCUGAGUCUCCUGGGCCCUGCUCACCUCUUGGAAUAAAAGAUCAACUCUCACUGAGGAUAAAUGGACGUGUAAUUCUGGGUGUGACUAGAGAGUGAGAUUUGCCUUCCUGAAUGAAAAAGCAGGUCAUUAAGCUUGGGUCCUGACACUUCUUUGUGGGAAGGUACAGAGAUGGAAACCUUACAAUCUGAGACGAAAAAGAGGAUCCUUCCCUCAUGGCUGACAGCCCAGGUGGCUGCAAAGAAUGUGGCACCAGUGAAGGCCCCCAAGAGGAGGAGAAUGGCAGCAGUGCCGGUGGCAGAAGCAAGACUCCCUGUGACGAGGACUGUGUACUGCAUGAAUGAGGCUGAGAUAGUUGAUGUUGCUCUGGGAAUCCUGAUUGAGAACCGCAAACAGGAAAAGCCCUGCGAGCAGCCGGCCCUGGUGGGCACUGAUAACCCACAACCCUCCCCUCCCUGCUCUGUGUCGCCUCACACGAGUUCUGGGAGCAGCAGUGAGGAAGAGGACAGUGGGAAAGAGGCACCGGCCCCAGGCCUCAGCCCUUCCCAGAGGCUGGGAAGUUCCAAUUCCCCAUCCAGCAGGAGCCCCGAAGGGGAGGAGGAGGAGGAAGAGGAGGAUGUGCUGAAAUACGUCAGGGAGAUCUUUUUCAGCUAGGGCAUAAACUCUGAACUUCCUGCCAAGAGCAGCUGGAGGGCAGCUGAACUUCUGCUGGUGCUGCUGGGCCGCCCACCUAUGGGAAUGGGGCUCUCUGUGCUCCCACCUUUGUGCCUUCCUGGGCCUGGCAGAUUGACUCCAGGCCUUGGGGCUGCUGUUUUGAGUAUGCGGAAGCCAUGGCUCAAAAGAGAUCCCAUUCGAAUCCCGCUGUAUGUACUGCGCCCUCUCCCAGCUCCGAGGCGCUGGAAUCCCAACUGUCUGUGGUAGUCAGUGACCAGGUUCCAGGGAGAAUGAUGUCAUAUGCUGGUCCAACUGACUGGAACCAAAGAGACAAUACUUUUCAAAGAAAAGGAUCACAGCCAGGCGCACUGGAAUUGCUAAAGUUUAGUCCGCAUGAUCUCUCCUGAAGGAGGAAGCCUGUUUAAAAAAUAGUUUCCGUCAUGGUCAGUCAGUCAGAGAGCUCCCAUCCCUCCAGCCAGCCUAGAAGGCAAACGAGCUACCCACAGUUCUCCACCCUGUCUGGGAGCUUGAGGACAGUAUACAGACUGGUAAGCCAGACAGGCCUCCUCCCCUAGGCUGCUACCUUGUUUUCACCUGUACCUUGGUCCCCAGGGAGUUAGCUAUAAAGCAAGAGGGACAGCCCAGAAGAGACACUGAAGACAAGCAAUCACAUCUGAGUCCAUGUUUCUGCCUCUGUUUUCAGUGUGGCCUUGGACAGGUGUAGAUGAGUAAAUCAUUGGAAAUGAUACAGGUUUUCCAAUACACAGGUGCUAGAAAAUACACAAAAUUCCCCAAUGUGUAAGUUGUGCCAAUGUCCUUUCCAGGUCCUGGUUGGGAAGUGGAGGGUGGCAGCGUUUGUAUGUGUACAACCGUCCAGUCCUGUUCACACGGAUUUGGUGUCCUGGGUCUCAUCAUGGGAGUGAUUUGCCGGCAGAUGUAUCUGCUCUAUCUGGCUUCAGGUCCAGGGAAGCUUUGAAGCAACCAAGGCUUCUCUUUGUGCCCCAUGUAUCCUUUGUUGAGUCACUCAGAGAUCAUUCCUGGGCCUGUGGGAGUGGAGUCCCAGUGGUGGCUCCUGGCAGCCCACUCACCAUGGUGAGUCCAGUGGAAGCUCCCUAAUCAGGGCCCCAGUGACACUGAGGUGCUCACUUUUUUUUUUAAUGUCCUCAUUUGUUGCCAUAAAUCUUUGCUAGGUUUCAGUUUGACAUUUUGCAGAUCAGCCUGGACGUCUGGCCCCAUGAUGGGAAUCACUCCCUCCUGAAGCUAGAGGAAGAUUUGCUCAGAUCCAUUAAUUAAAGCAGGAAUUGCUGUGACAAUGAGCUGCAUGGUUUUAGGGAGUCUUUGGAAGCCUUGGAAGUCCUGAAGGACAGACAGUCCUACACUAAGAAGCCACCGGUGCUCCGGCUGCCCUUGGUGUCCCUUGGCCUCCUUGAUGUAAGGGCCCCACCUCUGUAGUGGGUUCCAUCUGCUGGAGCUGGAGAUCAGUAUUAGCUAUAAAAUGAGUUGGCUGAAAAGAUGUACCAUCUCUGAGCGUGGCUGGAACUGAACCCUUGCAAUCACAUAAGACUUUAGCAGCUCUCAAGCGCACUCUUAGCCCUCUCAGCCCUCAGAGGGAACACAACUGUGGCCAUAAGCAAGAGGAUGAGUAAGCCCUGGGCGCUGCCCAGAGCUAGAAACCCAGGCCCCAGGAGGGAGAGCCUGACCCACUUCCACACAUAGGAGAGGAAGAGGCCUAGGCCGCCAGCCAGUAGCACAGAGGCUGCACCCAGGAAGCCCACUGCCAGCCGCCAUUCUCCCUCAUCACUGUUGCACCGGGCUAGGAGGAGAGGCAGGGGCACAAAGAGGGUGAGGACCAGGGCCCCAUACACGCCAAGCCUGGCCAGGGCCAGGCCAACCUGAGACACCCCCAGGGCCUCCAGCUCAGGGAACCGGUGACACUGUAGGAUGCUGGUGUCCUCAUUCCACAAGCAGAAGUUGUAGAAGCCAAUUCUCAGGUUGGGCAGAUCAGUGAGGUUGCCAGCCUUCCAGAGGAGAGCGUAGAACAUCAGGGAGAUGACCACAACUGUGAGGGCCAUGAUGCUCAUGAACAGCAGCAGGUUGCCCCACCGAGGCCUUGGGCUGGCCAUCUCUCCUGCCCUCUGCGGGGGGACCUGCGGGGAAGUCACAGCCGUCAGUCCAGCUCUCCCUCGCUUGCUCCCUGUGUCCUCACAAGCUCAUGUUCUCCCUUUGGCAUUUCUUAAAAACCCAUGGCAGUCUUCUCUCCUACCCUGCCCUCUGCCAAAGGCCAGAAAUCUGAGAUGACCUCCUGCCAGGAUCCCUUUGCUAGUAAGUCAUUAGCUGCCCUCUGAUUUGAGGUUGGGAGGAAAAGUCCCCCAGGCAGCUUUGAAAGUGUAAAAUAUCUUAAACUGAGUGAAAUGCCCUUUAGCCAAAGGCUUUGCUCCAGUCCAAAUACAAGCCACUGGAAGGAUUAGUGAGGGGAUUUCUCCGAUCUUUUUUGAUGCUGGGUUUUGGCUGAGGUGAAGGGCAAGGCCCACCCUUACUGGGGACUUGAAGAUGGAGGAAGGUACGGUUUUUACUACAGCUGCCUAGACAACCACCUGGGGAGCUGUAAGAACUACCCAUUGCUGCGCCACAGAUCGAUCAAAGCCCAACAUUUGUGCUUAGGGCUGGGCACUGGUGUGUUUCUGAAGCUCUGCAGCUCGUUCAAAGCUGAUCCUGGGUUGAGGACCACUGCCACACUCACUCUGAUUUUACCUGCUGUGCUCUGGGAACUCAUUUCUGGGCCAAGACAUUACCUGGUGAUGAAAUCUCAUUAUAUAUUCAUUAUUUAAAAACCUAAUACAUUUUUUUUCUGACAAUGGUAAUAUAUGUUAAUUAUAGAAAACAAUAGAGGAUUUUUUUUUUUUGAGAUGGAGUCUCACUCUGUCACCAAGGCUGGAGUGCAGUGGUGUGAUCUCGGCUCACUGCAACCUCCACCUCCCAGGUUCAAGUGAUUCUCCUGCCUCAGCCUCCCGAGUACCUGGGACUAUGGGCACCUGCCAUCAUGCCUGGUUAAUUUUUGUGUUUUGGUAGAGAUGGGUUUUGCCAUGUUGGCCAGGCUGGUCUCAAACUCCUGACCUCAAAUGAUUCACCCACCUUGGCCUCCCAAAGUGCUGGGAUUACAGGCUUUUGCAGAAAACAAAAAAACAAAAAAAAACAAAACCUGUAUCCCACCAUACACAUCAUAAAACCACUGUUAAUAUUCUACCAAUAUUUUCUUCCUGUGCUGAUGUAUUUUUACAUAAACAUGCCAUUGAACAUGCUUUUCACUAGAUUUAGUAAACAUUUUUCAAUGUUAUUAAAUAUUCUUCAAAAACUUGAUCAAUGGCUGCAUAAUAGUUCACAUGGAAUCAUCCAUUAUACUAUCAUUAGACAAAUUGUUUCCACUUUUCACCAUAAUAAGUGAUGGUCAGUGAAGAUGCUUGUGUGAAUCUUGUUUGGAAUCUGAUUUUUUCUCAGGUGAGCUACCUAUAAGUGCACUUUUUGGGUAGAAAUAUCUUUUAGUGAUUUUGCUGAAUAUUGCCUAACUGGCCUACAGAAAACUUGCUAAUCAUAGUCCGUCUAGUUGUAUAUAAAAGUGCCCACUUUGUUAUACUCUUUUAAAACAUUAUUUUCACUACUUUUUAAAUCAGAAGGGGUUUGUCCAGUUGGCCUCUGAAACAGUGGUCUGCACACUGUACCUUUACAUAUGUGCAUUUUCCAAUAUGGGAUAAGCUUUGGCUGAUAUGGUUUGGCUGUGUCCCCACCCAAAUCUCAUUUUGAAUUUUAGCUCCCAUAAUCCCCAUGUCAUGGGAGGGACCCAGUGUGAGGUAAUUGGAUCAUGGGGGUGGGUUUUCCCCAUAUUGUACUCAUGGUAGUAAGUCUCAUGAUAUCUGAUGGUUUUAUAAAGGGUAGUUCCCCUGCACAUGUUCUGUUGCCUGCUGCCAUGUAAGACGUGCUUUUGCUUCUCCUUUGCCUUCCGCCAUGAUUGUGAGGCCUCCCCAGCCAUGUGAAACUGUGAGUCCAUUAAACCUCUUUUUCUUUAUUAA